GGUAUUUGUUAUUUUUUGGGUUGUUGGUGAAAUGGGUAUUGUGUCCAUUCCUGGGAAGCACCUCUUAUUGCAACCUGAAUGGCUGAUCCUCAUAAAACUGGUCUUGGUGAGAGGGAUAUUGAGCAGGCAAUUGCAUCUCUUAAGAAAGGCUCAUAUCUGCUAAAGUAUGGACGAAGAGGGAAGCCAAAGUUCUGCCCGUUUAGGCUUUCCAAUGAUGAGUCUCUACUCGUAUGGUACUCUGGCAAGGAAGAGAAAAAGGUUAAGCUCAGCACUGUUUCAAGGAUCAUUCCUGGCCAGCGAACUGCAACAUUUCAGCGGUAUCCUCGGCCUGAAAAGGAAUAUCAGUCAUUUUCUCUUAUAUACAAUGAUAGGUCCUUGGAUUUGAUAUGUAAGGAUAAAGAUGAAGCUGAAAUCUGGUUUGCCGGUCUUAAGGCAUUAGUGACUCGAGGUAACAAUCGCAAGUGGAGAUUCGUAUCAACACCUGAAAGUCUGUGUUCUGAUAGUCCAAAGUCUGGCACACGAAGAUCCACUCCGUCAAUUGCACCAUUUGACCCCAGAGAUACCGACAGAGUUACUUUUGACAAUUCUUCGCAGAAUAGGUGGGUAAAGGCUUUCUCUGAAAUAAUUUCAUACACUGAAGGAAGCAAGAGUUCUAGUCAAGCGGAGUCAAUUGCAAAUUCUUCUUUAUCCUCUGGGUCCGUGGAUAACUCAAGCAAUCGAAAUUCUGCAUCUGAGGCAUUUCGAGUUAGUUUAUCCAGUGCUGUAAGUUCAUCCAGCCACAGUUCUUAUCAUGAAGAUUUUGAUACUGCAGGUGACGUUUAUAUUUGGGGGGAAGGUAUCACUGAUGGAAUUCUUGGUGGUGGUGUGCAUAGAGUUGGAACCUUAUCUAGUUCUAAGAUUGAUGCAUUCCUCCCCAAGGCAUUGGAAUCAAAAGUAGUUCUAGAUGUUCAUAGUAUUGGUUGUGGCUACAGACAUGCUGUUCUAGUUUCCAAACAGGGAGAGAUAUUUAGUUGGGGGGAGGAGUCUGGAGGUAGGCUUGGACACGGUAUAGAAGUGGAUGUUUUUCACCCUAAACUCAUUGACACUCUUAGUGGCAUGAAUAUUGAGUUAGUAGCAUGUGGAGAAUAUCAUACUUGCGCUGUUACAUAUUCUGGGGAACUUUAUUCCUGGGGGGAUGGUAUUCACAAUUCCGGCUUGCUUGGGCAUGGAAAUGAAGUCAGUCACUGGAUUCCUAAGAAAGUAAGUGGUAACAUGGAAGGUUUCCGUGUAUCAUAUGUGUCCUGUGGACCUUGGCACACAGCUAUUAUUACAUCAGCUGGGCAGUUGUUUACAUUUGGCGAUGGAACUUUUGGUGCCUUGGGCCAUGGAGAUCAUAGUAGCACAAAUAUUCCUCGGGAAGUAGAAACUUUAAAAGGGUUGAGAACAACCAGGGUUUCCUGUGGUGUUUGGCACACUGCUGCAGUUGUUGAGGUGUUAAAUGAAUCUGUGGAAUCUUCAGCACACUCUUCUAGUGGAAAACUGUUCACCUGGGGUGAUGGAGAUAAAAGCCAACUUGGACAUGUUGAUAGGGAACCUAGACUAGUUCCCGAGUGUGUAAUUGCAUUGAGUAAUGAAAACAUUUGUCGAGUGGCUUGUGGCCACAGUCUUACAAUUGCUUUGACAACGUCAGGACAUGUAUAUACAAUGGGCAGUACAGCUUACGGACAACUGGGCUGUCCUGCAGCUGAUGGGAAAGUCCCUACACGUGUUGAAGAUAAAAUUGCUGACAGUUUCAUAGAAGAUAUUGCAUGUGGUUCAUAUCACGUUGCUGUCCUGACUUCAAAAGCAGAGGUUUACACAUGGGGAAAGGGUUUGAAUGGGCAAUUAGGUCAUGGAGACAAUGGUCACAGGAAUAAACCCACACUUGUCGAGUUUUUAAAAGAUAAGCAAGUGAAGACUGUUGUUUGUGGUUCAAACUUUACUGCUGUUAUAUGUCUUCAUAAAUGGAUACCUAGUGUUGAUCAUUCUGCAUGUUCAGGUUGUCGUAAUCCAUUUAAUUUCAGAAGAAAACGUCAUAAUUGUUACAACUGCGGACUUGUGUUUUGCAACUCAUGCACCAGCAGGAAAUCUACAAAAGCUUCCCUUGCUCCAAAUUCCAACAAGCCGUAUCGGGUUUGUGAUGACUGUUAUAUUAAACUUAAGAAAGCUGCUGAAUCAGUGUCCUUGGUGCAAACUCCUAGCUCGAGAAGUGGAAGUUUGCAAGACAGUAGGUCCACUAAAAUACAGGGAACACUAUUAAGGCUUGCAUCUUUUGGUUCUAUUGUUCAAACCGAAAGCAGUCACUCAAAGCUUCCUGAAUCACAUGAUAGCCAUCUCUUUCCAGCUUUGAAUGGAAAAUUACAGCUGGGGGUUUUUGCUCCUUCAAAAUCAUCAAAUUCUCUUUCCAUGGAAUCCAGGAAACAUCUUUCACUUUCAGAACCCGCUACAAGAAUAUCUGGUCAAUCAACGUCUCCAGUGUCAUCCAAGUCAAGCCCACGACAAUCUUAUGAAGAUACCCAUGAUGAUUUAAAGCACAGAAAUGGCAUUCUAAGUCAAGAAGUUAUAAGUCUAAGGGCACAGGUUGAAGAUCUUACUCGUAAGUCGAAAAGUCUUGAGGCUGAACUUGAGAGAACAUCGAAGCAGUUGAAGGAAGUGACUGCUGUAGCUGCAGAUGAAGCUGGAAAGUGUGAAUCUGCGAAAGAGGUCAUAAAGUCUUUGACAGCUCAGUUGAAAGAAGUGAUGCAAAGGCUGCCUGAAGAACAUAAUGCUGACUGCGACACUGAUUCGGAUUCUGAAACUACUAAUAGUAUUCUAGAUCAGUCCUUAGAAGAGUGCCAUAUAACAAACACUAUCCCUCCCAAAAAUGAAGACAACAGCAAUGCAGCAAAUCAGAUAUUACCUAACGGUACCAAAACUCAAAGUGGAAAGGCAGAGUGGGUGGUGCAAGAUGAACCAGGUGUAUACAUAAGUUUGUCCUCCAUGCCAGGUGGUGGUAAUGAACUUAAGAGAGUUCGCUUCAGUCGGAGGCAUUUCACGGAAGAACAAGCUGAAAAGUGGUGGGCUGAAAAUGGAAUCAAAGUAUUGGAGCGGCACAAUAUAGUUGCUUCAUAGAAUUCAAGAGAACCUGUUACCUCGAAUCAAAUUGUCAACAUGGAAACAGUAAAUUCUUUUCUCUUCUCCCUCUCCAAAAUUAACUAGGAUCGUUUGUCCAAAAUUGACUAGUAGGAUACCAAUUAUGAGGGGGAAAAACAACAUAGGAAGAAAACUUAAUGCUCUGCAGAAAAGUGCUAAUCCCCACCCCUCUACCUCCGAAAAAAAAAAAGAAUGGAUGAGAAUUUUUUUAUUUUUUGUACUUAGUGACUAGUAUGGCGCAAUUCAGAUGGGAAUUUUUUGUUGGAUGCAAAUGUGUUUAUGUUUACUUGCAGCUGAUGAUAUUAGUUUGUUCAGUUUUUUU